AUGAUGAAGAGCAGGUAUGUAACGGUCUAUCCGUUGCGAAAGAAGAGCGACGUUGCGAGUGCGUUCAAGCGGUUUUACCAAGAUGUCAAGACAGCAUCUGGAACGAAGAUAAAGGUGUUGCGAAGUGACAACGGCGGCGAAUACCGGAACGAAACGAUGAACAGCUUUUGCAAGGCAAAGUUCAUUAAGCAAGAGUUCACGGUUCCGUACAAUCCAGAGCAGAACGGGAUGGCGGAGCGGAUGAACCGCACGCUGGUGGAGAUGACGCGCUGUAUGCUCAAGGAAAGCGGCCUCGACAAGUCCUAUUGGUGCGAGGCACUAAUGACAGCGGCAGACAUCAGAAACAUUCUGCCGAAUGCGUCGAACAAGAACUCAAGCCCACACGAAAUGGUGUUCAAGAAGGUUCCGCGCAUCGAUCACAUGCGCGUGUUUGGUGCGCAAUGCUAUGCGCAUGUGGCGAAGGAGAAGAGAAAGAAGCUGGACGACCCAGGCGUGCGAUGUUUCUUUCUCGGCUAUGCGAAGGACCAAAAGGCGUAUCGGCUUCUCAACGCGGACGAUGGCUCAAUCGUGAUUUCAAGAAGCGUCACGUUCGCUGAGCAUUCUGUCUCGAAAGCAUCAAAAAGCAGAGACACGCGGGUGUUCGAUGUCAUUGAAGAAGAGGAAAGUGUGGAGGCGUCGUUACCCGAUGAUGAAGACAUACCAGCGCCGAACAGCUCUCAUCACGGACCAAGUGUUCGACCAAGCGACACCAUUCCUACGCGCGCAUCCAGCACACCCGGAAGAAAUGGAGAAGAAGAGUGGAUGGUGCGACCGGUUCGAAAGAAGCGCGGCGUGGUUCGCUACGAUCAAGAAUUUCCAAGCCAUCGUCGCGGUCACUUCAAUUUGGACGACUACGAAGGUGACUUCGACUCUUUCUACUGUUUCUCGGCUGAAGAAGAUGGGGAACAAGCGUCCAGCUAUCAAGAAGUGAUGAAGAGCGGCUACAAGGAGCAGUGGCUCCAGGCAAUGAAGAGCGAGAUGAAGUCGCUUGAAGAACACAGCACAUGGAAGCUAGUAAAAAUGCCACCGGGCAAGAAGGCCGUAGGCUGCAAGUGGGUCUUCAAGAUUAAACGCGAUCCAAGUGGCGAGAUAAUCAAGUUCAAGGCACGCUUGGUUGCGAAAGGGUUCACGCAGCGUCCUGGCAUCGACUACAACGAGACCUUUGCACCAGUGGCGCGCAAGGAAUCUAUCAACACAGUGUUGGCGAUCGCUGCAGCUGAAGACCUGGAAGCAGAGAACGUUGAUGUCGACACAGCGUUUCUCAACGGCGAAGUGGAAGAGGAGAUCUACAUGGACCAACCUGACGGUUUUUGA